AUGGGCAAAGGAACGCACAAACCAAAGAGCCAGAAACGCGAAGACUAUCGCAAUGCGCGCAGCCAAGAAGGCGUGCUCGAGUUGCCCAAAAAGAAAUCAUCAAUUAGUCUAGUUGAGUCGCACAACGGUCCGCUGCCCAUGGACAAUGAUACUAAUUGCAUGUUGCAUGUCAGCCCAGCUGGUCCGAAUGAGAUGGACUGGACUCAAUACUAUCCCGCGUUCACCGUCCAAGAAGACCACCCCUUGGUAUUCAAACCCGUUGCGGCGACAUCCCUCGACACAGAUAUGCAGGCCAUUUCAACGAACCAAACGAAGCGUAUGCGGAAGGACGUCGAGGUUGUUGACAUUGGCUGUGGGUUUGGCGGGUUGCUUGUGGCCCUGGCACCCCUCUUGCCAGACACAUUGGCUCUUGAGUACGUACAGGAGCGGAUCAGAGCGCUUCGCGCGCAGAACGAGGGCACUGGACUCUACCAGAAUAUCAGCUGCCUCAGGGCCAACAGCAUGAAAUUCCUACCCAAUUUCUUCCAGAAGGCACAGCUUUCCAAGAUCUUCAUUUGCUUUCCGGACCCUCACUUCAAAGCCCGGAAACACAAGGCCAGGAUCGUUUCGACCACGCUAAACUCAGAGUAUGCUUUUGCGUUGCGGCCCGGCGGCAUAGUGUACACCAUUACAGACGUCGAGCCCUUGCAUCAGUGGAUGGUAGAGCACUUCGGCGCCCAUCCAUCUUUCGAGCGUAUACCCGAGGAAGAGCAGGAAGCGGACGAGUGCGUCAAGGUCAUGAGGUCAGAAACGGAGGAGGGAAAGAAAGUGGCGCGGAAUCAAGGCCAGAAGCAUGUUGCCCUUUUCCGCAGAAAGGAAGACCCGGCCUGGUAA